AUGACCGUCGACGAGGCCAAGGAAGAGGCGCUCCGCCAGGUGGAGUUCUACUUUCACGACUCGAACCUGCCGUUCGACAAGUUCCUCUUCACCCUGACACGAAAGGACCCAGAAGGAUGGGUUCCCAUUGCCACCAUCGCCUCAUUUAAGCGCAUGAGAGCGAUUAAGGACCUGCUCGGCAUCGAAGGUAUCGCCCAAGUGCUGCGUGGAUCCAAGGAGUUGCUCGAUGUGAGCGAGGAUGGCGCCAAUGUUCGUCGCAGGAAAGAGCUGGUUCCCGUCAAGGAUGCUUUUGACCGUUCCAUCUACGCCAAGGGAUUCGGAGACGAGACCGAGACUCUGCAGAAGGAGCUGGAAGCGUUCUUCAACACUUUCGGCAAAGUCAACAGCGUCCGAAUGCGAAGGGACAUGGAGUCAUCUGCCAAGCCCAAGCCAUUCAAGGGCUCUGUAUUUGUCGAGUUCGCCGAGAUGGACGACCGAAACAAGUUUUUGGCCCAGGCAGCAGCCGUCGAGCCGGAACAGGACGGUGGUAAAGGCGUCCACUUCCAAGACACCCAGUUGGUCGUCAUGAGCAAGGACGCAUACGUCAAGAUGAAGAUGGAGGAGAAGGGUAUCGACCCUAGCAGCAACAGGAUCAACCGUGGAAGCGAACAGACCCACAAGAAGUUCAACGCUUUCAAAGAGAUGAACAAGCAGCAGCGAGAUGGUUCGUCUCGUGCCAAGAAGGAUGACCAAGAAAAGCCCAAGCGUUCGGACCCGUUGGAGUUCGAGUACAACGGUAAGCCGCUCACCACUCGUCCCGAUGGCACUGUCGAUCCAGAUGCGGUCGAGUUCCCUGCCAAUUCGGUGCUCAAAUUCACCGGUGCGGGUCAAGGCGGCAACUGGAAGGAUCUUAAAGAUACGCUGGUCACUGUGCACCCUACCUCUUUCGUUGAGUUCCCCACAGGCGCCGUCGAAGGCGCUGUCGGCUUCAAGGAAUCACUUUCGGACGACAAGUUGGCUGAAAUCAAGAGUAAGAACAUCACUGUCGGCGGCAACGUUGUUGAGUUCGUCCGCGUCGACGAAGAGACUGCCAAGAACUUCUACAUCGAACGAGCCAACUUCCGCGCAUCGUUCAUGCUCGAUCGACGAGAGCAGGAUGCGCAGCGCGGUGGCUCGCGCGGAAACGGCAGCUACAGCCGCGGUGGCCGUGGCGGAGGACGUGGUGGUCGCGGUGCAAAGUUCGGUCGUGGUGGUGGACGCGGAGGUUUCGGCAGGGCUGGCGGCGACAAGAGGAAGAGAGACAACGACUCGGCCGCCGCUGGUCGCGACGACGAUGCUCCACCUACCAUCGGAAAGAAGGCCAAGACGGACGAGUAA